AUGUUUGCUUGGUGUGGGCAGCUUAAGAUUCGAGUCGGCAAGACUUCUGGGAAUCGCGUGCAAGGAGAGUGGGACACUGUGGGCGGUGGUCCAUGUGACUCAGAGGGAGCUUCUGGCGGUCAGUUCAUUGUGCCGUUUCUACUGCAGCGGAAGUCGAGCCGGACAUCUGAGAGCAUUGUGGCCCAGCUGGAGCGAGCUUCCAGCCGGGACAAGCUGGUCCACGGAGGAGGCCCGAGGUUAACAUCCAAGAGCUGCAGUAGUUCGAUUGAGCUCCCGCGGUCCAGCGACGAAGUGCAGCUCCGCAACAUUCGUUGGCUUCAUUUUCCAAAAGCGGGCACCAGCUUCGCAGCAACGCUGUGGAAUUAUGCGUGUGGCCAGGAAGCUCCUUUGGACCUCUCAGUGAGCCCGCUGGCUUCUCCGGACUGCCAGGCCUGCUAUGAUCUGGCGCUCAAGGGCCGCUACCCCCCAGAUCAGUAUUGUCGCGAAGGUGUCUUGAGUUCAAGAUUCGAGACGCAGCACAAUCCUGUCUCCCAGAUGCAGACGCGCUAUGAGAAGUGGCAGGUGGUUGGCAUGUUCCGUCGCCCAGCACAGAGGCUCAUCUCUGCUUAUCACAAUGGCCUCCAUGCCAGCGGCUUCCAGGGCGCAGAGUACCAGGACAUGGUCCAGGCUUGCACGCCGCUGGGUGAGAAGGCGGCGGCUUGCUACGCCCGCUAUCCAGGUAUUGCGGGUUGCACUGCCCGCAUGCUCACCGGCGGUGAUUGCGCGGAGGCCUCUAGUAAACGGAAUGGUGAGCCUUUCGAUGGAGGGCGACAAAGACUCAAGCAGGCGCUGGAGAUGCUGGAGGACAUGGCUUUCGUGGGUCUCACCGAGCGCUGGGACGAGUCGGUUUGUCUUUUCCACCGCAUGUUCGGCGGCGCUAUUAGCACUGCGCAGCUGGUGGACUUCCAUUCCGGAGGAUCUCACCAGGAUUCUUACGACGAGUCGGUGCUGAAUGGCUUCAGGGACCAGGUCGACGAAAAAAUCUACGCGGCUGCACAAGAGCGCUUCGAGAAGCUUCUGGAGCAGUAUGUUGGCGACGGUUCAGUGUGCAAUGCGCUGAAGCCGCCGUCCGAGGAGCUGGCAGGAAACUCCAGCGAGCUGACACAGCAGUCUUCGAGACGCACCUGUUCCUGCGAAGCGGAAGGCCGCGAAUGUGGCAUCUCCAAGGCGCAGGGCAUCGAUUGCGGGAAGUGCCCCAGCAAACGCCUCGCAUUUCUGCAGCCUUCAGACCCGCGUCGGGAAUCCGAAUCCGAGCUCACGUGCGAGGUGACUUCUGGCAAUUGCCUGCUGAAAGGGAAACCGAUUUCUGAUGUCUUUGCUUGGGACUUCAAGCCUUAA